AUGAAUGAUCCUCCUGAUGUUGCAAAAAAGAAAAAUUAUAACGCUGUAGGAUUACAGUAUAAUUUUAGCAAUAAACUUGCUAUUAAUUCUACUGGUCCUAUCUACCUCAUAAUAAAUCGUAUAGAAAGUGAAAAUAAUUUUUCUAAUGUCUCGCCAUUCCUCAUUAAAAGAGCCAUCGACUCAACAUGUGGGGGAGAAGUAUCAGAAUGCAAAAAACUACGCAAUGGCACAUUAUUGAUAAAAACAAAAAAUUCCCUCCAGGCUAAUAAACUUAUCAAACUUACAGCCAUGAAUACUAACAUAAAGAUUCAAGUUUCUGAACACAAAUCCUUGAACUACUCAAAAGGAGUCAUUUACUCUCCCGACUUAUUUGGUGUUCCCGAAGAAGAAAUCCAACUACAUAUGGCAAGUCAAAAAGUAACAGAAGUAAAAAAGAUCUUACGUAAAGAAAAUGAAACUUUAAAAGAAACUGGACUGUUGAUUCUUACAUUUGCUGCUAUUGAACUUCCAGAGUAUAUCUAUAUGGGUUAUCAAAAAAUAUAUUUGCGUCCUUACAUACCACCUCCAAUUAGAUGCAAUAACUGCCUUCACUAUGGUCAUCUACAAAAAACAUGUGAAAACAAUAAGAUAUGCUACAAUUGCGGCAACCCUAGUCAUAUCAAUGCCGACUCAAAUGAAGUCUGUACCAAUAGUUGUUGUUGUAUUAAUUGUAAGGAAAACAACAUUGAUGAUUGGAAACAUUCAGCUAAAGAUAAAAAUUGUCCAAUUUUCUUGAAAAAUAAAGAAAUUCAAGCAAUUAGAGUUCUCCAAAAAACUUCCAUGAGAAAUGCUGAAAAAAUCUACAAUAGCAGACAUAUAAAACACAAUUCUACAUACUCAACCGUUGCCAACUCUAAUACUCCUAAAAUCGCUCGUGCUAAACUAAUAACCUAUGAUGAUUGCCUUCUAACAACUUCACAAAAUUUAUCAACUAAUACUCCAGCAUCAGGACCUUCUAUCUCCAAUGUCAUCCACAAUAAUAAAGAUCAACUUGUCAAUCUUACAACAUCGUCUCAACAAAAAUCUAUAAUAAUCGACCAUAUCAAGCAAGCUUCUCCGUCUUCCUCCAACACCCAAAGGACCAGUGUGACCACAAAAAUUCUUCCACGGAACAUUUCUACCAGAUUGAAAAAUCAACUGAAAUCCAAGUACAAAAAUAAUAAUAAUACUAAAAUUAACCCUAACUUAAAGCGCAAUACUGCCAACAUCAAUGAUAAAGAUAGUGAGAUGGCGGGAGAGUAG